AUGGCUGAAAUCAGCAACGCCACUCAACCCGAGGAGUUGUUGCACAAUGGCGAGCUGCAGUCCGGCCAACACAUAAAUGCAGAGGCUACGGCGGAUUUGCGGAGACAGUUAAAUCGAAGUGAGAGUGCCGGAAGUAGUAAGAGCAGCAAGGGAGAAUGCAGAGAUCUUUAUCCACAUACGCUCGAUGCAACUGUAAGAAUUGCUUUAAAAACUAUGGAUGAUUCGAAUUUUAGGGUCGUGAUGCCAAGAUUUAUGUUAAUGGAGAAGUUUACGAUGGCCUUAUCGAGAAAAUUGAACCUGAUGUAAGUGCGGUGACAAAAAAAUAAUAAAAUAUAUGCCGUUUUGUAUUGCCACUAUGAUAUAAUGUAACCCUCAGGCAUUGUUUUAAUUCCAGAUGUCAACAAAAGUAGUGUACGCCACCAAAGACAAUGGUGAUGGGGAGCAACUGGCCCGAGGCACGGACCUCUCCUUCAAGCGAGAAGACAUCUCUGUGAUCAAGUUCCGCGUUGAGAAGCCCAAAGGCUUCCGAACGGACCGCGAAUACAAUAAUGGAACAGAAGUAAACGAAAACGAAGAACUCGUGGAAUGGCAGCCGGACCCCGAAUGUGAUACGACGGAAGAGAACGAGAAUAAUAGCCGUGGAUGGUCGGUGGAGGAGAUGUUCAGAGCCAACAUGAAACUGGGUGUGAAGUCCACAUUCGAAGGCGUAAACGAAAAGUAUUGCACGGCAGUGCCCGAGGGCGAUGAGGAAGCCAGAAGAAGGGCGGAGAUCAUUGCACAAGAAAUUGAAUCUCAAGCAGAAACUCAACGACAUUACAUGCUGGAGAAUGACGACGAGGAGAGAGAUUUGGAUAAAGAAACGAAUUUUAAUAACCGAGGAAAAAGAGGACCCGGAUAUAAUAAUGGAAGGGCCAAUCGAGGCCAGCCUUAUGAAGCUGGCGCGAAUAAUCGAGGAGGAAAUUGUAAGUCAAGAUUUUCCUAUAGUAGUUUAAAUUUUAGACGGUCAAAGACAAGGUCAAGGCUUUUCGAAUGGCCCUGGAAACAAAUAUGGCUCUCCGACCAAUCGAAAUUACACUCCUCGCCAAACUGGGCGUUCAACCGCCCCUUCAGGCGCGUGGCGGCAAGAUUCACCACAACAGAACUCUUUCAUUCCCCCUCAGUCGUAUAACAACAGUGAAGAGAGAUACGGCUCCACGUCGCCCGGAAGAUCUCGGCAGUAUGCUCAACGAACAGAGCCUCCCAGAGAACAGCAUCCCACUGUUGAAGUGCAGCCGAUUCCAAAGUCUCCGGUGCCAACCCUGCAGAAGCCGGAGUCUUUGUCGCCCACUGGAUCCAGCGGCACGGCAGCGAGAGCGUCGCCGGCUUCGACCAAAGAUGGAUCGGAGGAAAAGUAAGUGCAAUGCUUUAGUCAUCAAAAAACCAUUCGUUUUCAGAAAAGACAAGAAGAAAUUCACGUUCAAUCCGAAUGCAAAGGCAUUUGUCCCCACGCCCAAACUUGCCCAAACCCCGCCCUUGGGCUACAUUCAGCAGGUCCCUCACAUGCGACAGCAAAUGGUGGUAACCUCGGUUCCACAAUCUCAGUAUCAACAAAUGCCCCCUCAGCAUUACGGCGGUGUUCAACAGGUCCUCCAAACCCAGGUCAUCCCAAUUCAGCAGUCGCAGAUGAUGAUGCAACAACAAGCCCAAUACAUUCCUCAUCAGCCGCCACCGUCGCAACAGCAACUGAUUCAGACGUCGCUGCUUCAUCAACACCCUCAACAACAGUAUCAGCUGCAACAACAGCAGAUCCCGUUGAUGCAUCAGCAGCAGGGACGGAUACAAGUCCAGCAUACGGGACUGGCGCAAGGUGUGGAUCUGCAGAACGCGCAUUUGCAGUCAAUGGCCGGCCAACAGAUGUACAUUCCACAGCAGCAGAUCGUGGCGGGAGUUCAGCCUUAUCAGCCGGUAAGUUGAACUCUAAUGUUGCAAAAUUCUAAAAAAUCAAAAAGCUUCCUCUCUUCAGAACAGAUUGCCUUAAAAUUCACGCUGCAAAGCUCUAAUUAAACUCUAAAUUUCAGGGCAUCCCCCCGCCGGUCGUUCCCCAGUCCAUGUUCAACCCGAACCAAGUUGUGUACGGCUACGGAACCCCGGGUGCCAACUGA